GAUAUGCAAUGUCCCCUGCUUUGCUGAAGUGAAAUCACACCUCCCCAAACGUGAGCAACGAAACGACUUAAAAGGCUGUUUUGUGGGACAUUAAUAUGCAGUUCGAGCGGGAAGGUUUGGUUGGCGCCAAAAGAUUUUCAUAGGUCGGAGAAGGUUCGUCGUCUUGUUUUGCUCCCUAUUCGAUUCAGUGGCCCAUUUUUUGCUUGUAGUGGUGAUCCCAGAUUGUUUCUAUCGUUCGAAUCAAUCUGAAACGUCAGGCAAAGGCCCAGAUCCAUCCCUUUCGUUCGUUCGUUCAUUCAUUCGCGUUUGCUCUUUCAAGCAGAAGAGGUAGAAGCCGCUCCCGCGGCGCUGCCUCUCCCAAUUUCAAGCUCCAAGCUGUCUUCACUUCCCUCCGACUCAUGAGAUCCCUGUUCCGCCUCCCUACACGCUCCGUGUGUGAUUUCCCCAGAAUCCUCUCCCUCGCCGCUUCUCUUUCCUUCUCUCUCCUCCCCGCGCCCGCCACCUGUUCGACCCUUUGUCUGAAGGAAGAGCCGCCUCAAGACUCUGCCGAUUUGCUCCGCCAAUGGGGCUGCAGCGACGAUGACAUCUCCAAACUGUUCUCCCGCCGCCCUUCUCUCCGCGGGGCCAACCUCGCUCAGCUUCGCUUGAAGCUCCAAAUACUGACCGACGUGGGCAUCACCGGUCCCGACCUCGUCAAGGUCAUCCACUGCCGCCCUCGCUUCCUCAGUUGCCGCAUCGACAACCACCUCGAGGACCGCCUCCAGUACUUCAUCUCCCUCUACGGCUCCAAAGAAGUCCUCCGCAGGGCCAUCGUUCGCAACCCUUCCAUCCUCACCUACGAUUUCCCCGGCAGGAUUAAGGCCACUGUCGACCUGUAUGAGAAGAUGGGCGUUAGCAAGGUCGACUUGGUUCCCAUGCUCAUGUCUCGCCCGACUUUGAUACCCCGUACUUCUUUGGAGAAUGAAAAGCUGGAUUACAUUCGCAGGACUGGGGUUCCCCAGAACUCCAAGUCUUAUAAAUAUGUGGUGACCAUCAUGGCCGUCUCCAGGCUGACCACAAUCCGUGAAAAGGUGGCUAAUUUGGAGAAGUUUGGGUUCUCAGAGGAGGAGGUGUUGCGUCUAUUCGGUCGCUCUCCUUUUAUGCUCACCUUCUCCAUUGAUAAGAUCCAAAGGAACAUGACUUUCAUUCUAGGAAUCAUGAAGCUCCCUGCAAAGAUUCAAGACAUGGGUCUCUCUCCUCAAAUCCAAGGCCCUAGUGUCUUCAGGGCUCUCAGGAUGACUGAGAGCAGAUUCUUAAAAGCAUUUGUUGGGUGUCACACGGGAGAUGUUGCCAAUGAGUUGAUGGAGUUCUACAACACUGUCAAAGGUGUCAAGCGAUUGGCUGAAGCCUCGAAGAAGAACUAUACCAAAGGAUUCCCUUUCUGAAGGAUUUCGAUUUUGAUGCCAGCGAACUGGAGACUUGAGAGAGUGUCACUUACACAGAGAUACCAAAUACUCAUUAUUUAAUUAGUUUAAAAUGGAGCUCUAAAAAUGAAAUGUGGAAAGCGCACUGUACACUGCAUCUCUUGAUUGCCAAUACACAGGUAAAUCUCCAUAGAGCCAAUGUUGAUUCCCCCAUAUUUUUGCUUGGAAACGGCCAUAAAGAGUAGCCCGAAGUAUCUGCUACUGACCCAUCUCUUUACCCACGGAAUUUCCGAACUUAAGAAUGAUGAAGGUUUGCAAUUUGAUUUAGUUGCAAAGAUCGAUCUUCUACAGGAUUAUUGAUAUGAGCACUCUGCAGUUAUGAUGCUUGGAUAAGCAAUUUUACCACUGAAGCUUUUUAGUCUCCCAUGAUGAUUUUGGUCUGCCGCAAAAUCCUGUAUCCUCGUGACGUUAGAGCUUUUGCGUGCCUCGUGGCUGACAAUUGACCUGGAGCUAGUCCUGCUACCCCUCUGAUAUGAUGGGGAUUUUUCCAGAGAUAUGGGUUCCAAUCCGAUCCUUUUUCUUUUCACUAGGUAAUUAGGAACAAUGGGUAGGUGGAAAAAAAAUCCAAGAAUUAUUGGUCUUAAUACAGGUUGUUCAUCUUUGGCCAGACUGUUGUUCCCCCUUUAAAUCAAUUCCUUUUUGCCUUUAGAAUUUUUUAUGACGAGAAGCCAAAAUUUUGUUGUCCUCCAAGUUCCCGCAGACUCAUGUGGUCCUAAGGUUAACCAGGUUGUGUUCUUUGGAGAAAUGCGGUGGUUAUAGGAAGUUAAGAAGUACGAAAUAUGGAUCUGCCUGCAGAAUCUUAUCGGGAAAGCUUUUGACAUUAGCUCUCUUCAGAAUUGGGACAGUAGGUAAGCCCGAAUUGCCAAUACCAUACUUGAUGGUGGUGGAUCCCUUUCGUCAUACCGUAAUGUAAAUGUGAAAAUUAUGGCACUGGCGUCUUUGAUAAGAACACAUUGUACAGCCUGUACCGACAUCCAUAGCAUCUGGGACAAGGUCUAGUAAUAGCUCGCAUAGACAUGACACGCUUGGUCUCUGCAUGCUUCAUCUUUUCAAAAUUACUUAAGGUAGUAUACGGUUUACAUCUAUUGCUCUGGUGACACUGCCACUAAGCUUGCGUGGAUUGUCACGGUUCAGGCAUUCAUCAUUUCUUUGCCGGAUGUUCUCCUAUGGAAUUUUUCUUUUUUGACUUCUGUUCCCCAGAUUUUGUUUUGCCAAUUUUUUUUUUUCGUCCUUUGGGGUGACCACUCCACAUGCUCUUGAUUGGUGAUAAAGAACAAAGGACAUGAAGAGCUUAGAGAACUGUGUUUGGUAAAUUCAGGAUCUGUUUAUCAUGGGAAAUGGAGAGGGACAGAUGUUUCUAUCAAGCGGAUAAAGAAAAGUUGCUUCACAGAUUGAUCUUCGAAG